AUGUCCCCGACGGUCGUGCUCGAGAGCUCCAUGGGCAAUAUCGUCUGCGAACUCUACACUGACCACGCGCCCAAGACAUGCCAAAACUUCUCAACCUUGGCUGCGCGCAACUACUACAAUGGGACCGUCUUCCAUCGGAUCAUUCCGGACUUCAUGAUUCAAGGUGGUGAUCCGACUGGGACUGGUCGUGGUGGCGCUAGCAUCUAUGGCGAGAAGUUCGAGGACGAGAUUCGAGCAGAUCUCAAACACACUGGUGCAGGUAUCUUGAGCAUGGCGAAUUCGGGCAAGAACACGAACGGGAGUCAGUUCUUCAUCACUCUUGCGCCCACGCCGUGGUUAGACCGGAAGCACACCAUUUUUGGGAGGGUAAAGGGUGGUAUGAGGAUUGUGCAGCGCAUGGGCAUGGUGAAAACCGACGGCGAGGAUAGGCCGUUAGAGGAGGUGAAGAUAGUCAAGGCUCGGGUGGCUGAAGGAGAGGACGCUGUGUGA